AUGACAUCUGCAUAUUUCGGAGUCGCUGGCGGGGGCAAUGCUGGAGCACAAUCAGCAUAUUUCGGAGUCGGAGGAGGUCCUGCUGGAGGAGGCGGUGCCCCUAAAAUGGGAGGAGGAGCUGCUCCACCGCCAGGAACGUCGUGCUAUUUGGGAGCCGGAGGAGCCGGAGGAGGUGGCGGUGGCGGUGCUCAAUCUGCAUACUUCUCUGUCACACCAACUGGAGCUGGAGCCGCACCAGUCGGAGCUGCACCAAUGGCGCCACCACCAGCUGCUGGUGGAGGAGCUUCCACAAUGACAGCCCUCGGCGUUGCACCAUCAGGAGCUUCCACCAUGACAGCUGUUGGAGGAGCCCCAUCCGGAGCAUCGACAAUGACCGCCGUUGGUGGAGCUCCACGUGGAGCAUCUACUAUGACCGCUGUUGGAGGAGCACCAAUGGGAGGCGGACAAUCAACAAUGACCGCUGUGGGUGGAGCCCCAUCUGGAGCUUCCACUAUGACAGCUGUUGGAGGAGCUCCAUCCGGAGCCUCGACAAUGACUGCCAUUGGUGGAGCCCCACGUGGAGCCUCAACCAUGACCGCUGUUGGAGGAGCACCAAUGGGAGGAGGACAAUCAACAAUGACCGCUGUCGGAGGAGCACCAAUGGGUGGAGGUCAAUCGACCAUGACUGCCGUUGGAGGAGCACCAAUGGGAGGUACUUCAACUAUGACAGCCAUCGGUGGAGCCCCAUCUGGAGCUUCCACUAUGACUGCUGUUGGAGGAGCCCCAUCCGGAGCCUCGACAAUGACCGCCGUUGGUGGAGCCCCACGUGGAGCGUCUACUAUGACCGCUGUCGGAGGAGCCCCAAUGGGAGGUGGAGCUUCGACAAUGACUGCUGUUGGAGGUGCCCCGACUGGAGCCUCAACCAUGACAGCCGUUGGAGGUGCACCAAAAGGAGCAUCGACAAUGACUGCUGUCGGAGUCGCCCCAGGAGGAGGAUCGAGCACAAUGACUGCCGUCGGAGUUGCUGCCCCAGGAGGAGGAGCUUCGGCUCUUGGGGCCGCUCCACCAGCACCAGCUGGAUCAAUGGGAGUAGGUGGCGGAGGAGCCACAUCUGGAUACUUCGGAGUUGGACAAGGAGUGAUGGGAGGUGGUGGAGCUGCCGGCCAGUCAGCAUACUUCGGAGUUGGAGGAGGACCAGCUGGAGGAGGUGGCGGAGCUAAGUCAGCCGGAGGCGGUGGUGGAAUCCCCGGACAAUCGGUGUACAUGGGAGCCGGCGGUGGCGGUGGAGGAGGUGGCGGAGGAGCCACAUCCGCUUACUUCGCACCCAAAUAA